CGUCAGAAGCCAACUAUCGGUUACGUCUGCUGCCUGUAAACAAAUCUCUACAACAACACUACGAUGUACGGUAUAGACACAUUUCCUGAGCAGCUGUGGUGCUAACAGUCACCAUGUAGCCGCCGCCUAGCGACGCUCUCCAGUCCGAGGACGGUACGACGGUCGGUUUUUGACACCAGCGGGACCUGCAGUUGUGUGGGCCGGUGGUAUUACAGGUAUUUUAUGCUAUUGUCACGAUGGUCGCCGGGUGAAUUACACACCCAAGCUAGCUUGUUAACUGUUCGCACCCCGUGUGAAUCUGGCUGUUUUGGCACCGACCAGCGCGCACUAGCUAUAAUCACUCCAGAGUUACGUGAACAUGGCAUCGCCCGCAGAGCACGACCUGGCUCUAUCUGAAGCGGACAGCAGCAAAGAGAAAGCUCAGGUGUUUGGGAUAUUGAGGUUGCAAGAGGAGAAAUCCGGUGCUGGAGAGAAAGCAAACAGUACAGCGAGAGGAGGAGGUGGUGGUGGUGGUGGAGGAGGAGGAGGAGGAGGAGGAGACGGGCGAUGGCAGGCUCCUAUCUUCGCUUUAGCCAGGAAAGCAUCCGAGACCAUUUCUGGGAGCAUUCACGUCCUGCCCAAAGUGUCGGAGCACAGGACGUCUCUGCCUGGGGAGUGGACCGUCCAAGCCCUGCGAGACCCGAUGGCUAUGGAGCGAGCCAACCUGCUGAACAUGGCCAAGCUGAGUAUCAAAGGGCUGAUCGAGUCAGCUCUGAGCUUUGGAAGAACGCUGGACUCAGACUACCCACCUCUGCAGCAGUUCUUCGUCGUGAUGGAGCACUGUCUCAAACAUGGCCUUAGAGUGAAGAAGUCCUUCCUGGGCUUUAAUAAGUCUCUGUGGGGUCCUCUGGAGCUAGUGGAAAAGCUGUGUCCUGAAGCAGCAGAGAUCUCGGUCUCAGUACGAGACCUGCCUGGACUUAAGACACCGUUAGGAAGGGCCAGGGCUUGGCUGCGUCUGGCUCUCAUGCAGAAGCGGCUGGCCGACUAUCUGCGACUCCUCAUCACCAGAAAAGACUUGCUCAGUGAUUUCUAUGAGAAUUCAUCGCUGAUGCUCGAGGAGGAGGGAGCAGUGAUCGUGGGCCUGCUGGUGGGCCUGAACGUCAUUGAUGCCAACCUGUGUGUCAAAGGGGAAGACCUGGACUCUCAGGUUGGGGUCAUUGACUUCUCCAUGUACUUGAAGAACGACAUUGAUGAUUACAGGAGUGAAGAGAGGAAUAGCCAGAUAGCAUCCAUCUUGGAUCAGAAGAACUAUGUAGAGGAACUGAACAGACAACUCAACUCCACAGUUCAUGGUCUUCAGGGCAGAGUGGACUCCCUGGAGAAGUCCAACUCUAAACUAAUUGAAGAGUUAGCCAUAGCCAAGAACAACAUCAUCAAACUGCAAGAAGAAAACCAGCAGCUGAGGAGUGAAAACAGUAUUAUUCUACUGAAGGCACAACAACAUUUAGAGGUAACCCAAGGUGAUGUGUCAGUGGAGAGAGACACCUACAAACAGUCUCGCCAGGGUUUGGAUGAGAUGUACAACGAGGCUCGAAGACAACUGAAGGAGGAGUGUCAGCUCAGACAGGAUGUGGAGAAUGAGUUGGUGGUCCAGGUGUCAAUGAAGCAGGAAAUGGAGCUGGCCAUGAAACUUCUUGAGAAAGAUAUUCAUGAAAAACAGGACACGCUGAUUGGUCUCAGACAUCAGCUGGAUGACGUGAAAGUCAUCAAUCUGGAGAUGUACCAGAAGAUGCAGUCAUCUGAUGAUGAGAUGAAGAAGAAGAACGAUGUGAUCAGUCGUCUGGAGGAGAAGACCAAUCAGAUCACUGCCACCAUGAAGCAGCUGGAGCAAAGAUUACAGGAGGCAGAGAGGCACCGCACCUCGGCCGAAGAAGGAACCAGACGUUUCAAGUUGGACUUUGCCAACAAGGCCGACAGCCUGCAGCGGCAGAUUGAACACAGAGAAAGACAACUCCAGCAGCUGGAGACGGACCUGAAGAUAGAGAGGGAUUGGAGGCAGACGUUACAGAAUGAUCUGCACAGAGAGAGAGAUACGGUGACCCAGCUCAGCGCAGAGGCAAUGCAGAUUAACGGGCUAAAAAAGGAGUUCCAUCGCCUCCAGGAUGAAAACAUUCAGCUGAAGACAAUCUGUGAAGACCAAGAACAAGCUCUCGAGGAGCUAGGCUCCAAACUCAGCGAAUCCAAAAUGAAGAUUGAGGACAUCAAAGAAGCCAACAAAGCUCUUCAGGGGGGUCAGGUUUGGUUGAAGGACAAGGAAGCCAGCCACUGCAAGUUGUGUGAAAAGGAGUUUUCCAUCUCAAGACGAAAGCACCACUGUAGGAACUGUGGGGAGAUUUUCUGUAACAGCUGCUCAGACAAUGAGCUUCCUCUGCCCGCUUCUCCAAAGCCAGUCAGAGUCUGUGACACCUGCCACGCCCUGCUACUGCAGCGAUGCUCCUCCAACCCUACUUGAAGGAGUCCCACACUGCUGCUUCAAACAAUCUGACAUCAGACUCCAAAAUACCCCCCCCCCCAAAACUUAUUUUGACAGUGUUUGCUGCUAAAAAUGGACCACAUGCAUGAACAUUCAGUGCUUUUGAUUUAUCUUCUCUAAAGUUAGGAAAAAGGUCUGCAUCAAUCUGACCUUUGUUUGACAUCACUACAUUUUCUGCUAAAGUUCUACAAAUUAAAAAAUUCAAACAUCUCAUCAGACACAGACAAGAUGGCAACCAGUGUAGCACUUUAGCAGGGGCCAAAAUAUUUAACUUGUUGAUGGACAAGUUGGAAAUUGAAGUAGAGUUUUUAUUCUGCUUUAGCAUCUUAAAUGAUGACAUGCUUCUGUUUAAAUGUGCAGCAGUUAGAGGAAAUUAUUUAUUUUCAGUAAAUUUAGGCAUCAGUGACCUCGAUGGAGGGAGUCAUGCAGGACAGCAUGAACUCCCUUCUGCUUUAGAUCCCUCUUUUUCAUGUGUUGUCCUGCACCCACAGGACAAAAAUUAUAAAAUAUAUUUUCCAAAACUUAAUAUAUCAUAAUCAAAGUUCAGUGAACUUUUAAGACAGUAAAGUGGAAUCCAAUAGCUGGACUGUUGAUCAAGUUUUCAGGAAGUUGUAAACUCUUAAACCAUCUAUCCUUUCAUCGCUCCAUCUGACUGCACUCACAUUGAAACCACUCUAAACUCUAAAAGGCACAACAGGUGUGACCAUAUCAAGGGGAACUGCAGGCGUGUGCUGCUGCAGGUCACUAAUGCUGAUCAGCAGGUCAGGUUUUAGUAAAUGCAUCAUUAAAGUUUCGGAGGAGGAGCAACUUAACUAUGAACUGUUGGUGAACGUGUACUGACUGUGAGCAGCUAAAUGCAUACUUUCCUCAACCAAACUUCCAGUCUUAUUUAGUUACAUCAUUACAAUGUUUUUAUGGAGCCUCAAACUGUACACAGUAGCUGUAUAGCCAAACAGGUGAGAUUAGAUCAUUUAUACAUGCAGUAAGAGUCUUACUGUUGGAUGUCCGGUGGCCUUAAUGUUGUUGAGUCUAACUCCAGAGCACCCUUUUCUGAGGCAGAGUGAAACACAAGGAAAGGCAGCUUUUACACAGGCACAGCUUAAAUCAAACCGCCUAAUAUGAGAAACUAAACUAGAUGUAUUUCAGUGAAGUUGAGUGAGGAGACCAGAAGUUUUUCACCUUUUCUUUCCUCUUUUAAAUGCUGCUGUUUCACAGGAACAAUAGAAUAUUAUUAUUUAAUAAUUUGGCUCUGCCGUCAAAGAUUUGUUCAGAGAAAGGCAUCAGUCAGCUCUGCUCAUUCCAGACUAUUCAGUGUGAAAUCAGCACUGAAACAUGGACUUUCCCACAAUCUAAUUUCAGUAACGUUUACUGUUUCAGUUUUUUCUCUGCUGACACUAUGACUAGACUUGUUCCCCAUGAGGCUGUGGCUUUAAAGGAACUGAAAAUCUAUGUUUUCCCAUUUUUAAAUUUAAUUUAAUGUAAAUGCUAUAAAAACUACUUGUGCUUCUCAUGUUGCCAAAAUGAGCCCUAUAUUUCAACAGGAUUCCUACAGAGAGGAUAUCUGUAGAGAGAAUCUGAAAUAACAGCCCAAAAUAUUUCAAAGUAGCAACACUAGCCUAUACUAGCCAAGCAAGCAGCCUCGAUCUAAGGCACAUUUCACUGUUUCUGUGAGACACUAAUACAGUAGAUGCUGCUUCAAGGACCAAGAAGAGCAACUGGUGUCGUAACAUCUCUGGUGGCUGAUUUAAAUCAGUGUCAAACUGGCUCUCGUGUUGUUGAAGCUAGCUUACAACACAACCACUUCACUUAAUAGUUAGCGGCUGCUGAAAAGAGACUUGAAUGUUUCUUCUCAAAACAGCCAGAGUAUGUUUGAGAAUUUGCAAAUCCAUGAUUGCCUGUAAUGCAGAUUAAUUUGAUAGUAUUUAUAUUUUUUGUCUUUUAUGCACAUUAUUUACUCUCAAAAGUCCAAUGAAUUUAUUGAACUUUCCCGUUUUGCUUGAAUUUAGUUGUAAUCUGAAGAUGGAGACGUCAUAGAAAAACCACAUUUUACUGCUGCUCCAUUCUUGAGAGGGGAAGUUUAAAACUUUGACCCAAUUAUGUUUUUUUUCUUUUCUUUACGAGACAUGUUUUUUGUGUAAUCAAACUAAUGCUGACGACUGAAGUCUACAAGGUCUUCAGUGACGGGUUCCUCUGCACAUUCUGGUUUUGUACUUGUAUACAGUGUUUUACAACUUGUGAUUUUUUUAAAGAACUGGAAAUAUUCAUUCCCAUGAAGAGAUAAAACAGGCCUGAGUUCACUUCAGGGAGUGUUUUUCCCCCCCAGAUAUUUAAAAGCUUCAUAAAAGUGGAUCAUAUCUUAUCGAGUAAAAUAGGUUGAAUGUUUCUGAAUUGCACCCAGGCCUGAAAUGUUUUUGUACAGUGUCACUCUUAUAUAUAUCCCAGCUUUCAAUGGGACUUGUACAGUGUUGAUACUACUGUAUGUUUUAUGUACAUAAUGUUGUUAAUCACUGUGGCUCUUUAGCUUACUAAAUCAUGACAAUAUUAACUCUUGCCAACAAUAUGUUGCCUUCACUGUGUAGCAUUUUCUGAUUAAAUCAAGUUA